AUGGCUCUCUGUGCGAAGCUAAAAGCAGCGGGUACGUCAAUGAAACCAUCAGAAGUUGCUAGUCGAAUUGCGAGCAAAGUGCCGACCUGUGAACUCAUUGAGAAGAUUGAAGUAGUUCCUGCCGGGUUCAUAAACAUAUUCCUCAACAGGGCCUUCAUUGAGAAAGAGAUCGGAAUUAUUGCCACUAAGGGCGUUCAUCUUCCUAAAGUGGAGAAAAAAAGAGUUGUUGUCGACUUUUCAUCACCAAAUAUUGCCAAGGAAAUGCAUGUGGGCCACCUACGCUCAACAAUCAUCGGCGAUUCUAUAUGCCGCCUUCUAGAAACCGUUGGAUUUGACGUUUUGCGAGUUAAUCAUAUCGGUGAUUGGGGAACACAAUUUGGAAUGUUGAUCGCACACCUCUUCGACAAAUACCCUGAUUUCAUGAAUCAGCCACCACCUAUUAGCGACUUACAGGCUUUUUACAAAGAAUCAAAGAAACGAUUUGACGAAGACGGCGAGUUUAAGAAGCGUGCAUAUGACUGCGUUGUGAGGCUACAAAGCUACGACCAAGAAAUAGUUGACGCUUGGACUAUGAUUUGCAACAUCUCCAAGAAGUAUAAUCAAAUCGUAUAUGAUCGGCUCGAUAUCGUUCUCGAAGAUGUUGGCGAGUCUUUUUACCAAAAAAUGAUGGUAUCAUUAGUUGAGGAUUUGAAGAAAACUCGUGAGCUUACUUUCAUAUCGUAUCUUUAUCACAUCGGUCAGUGUUUUCCUCCAAUCUCUCCUGUCUAG